CUGGCAUUUCCUUUGUCUGCCUUGUCCCCUCCUGUGCCACUGCGUCCCCUCCUUCUUUCACCAAACCACCUUCUCCAACACCUCCCCCGACACCUCCCCAAAUCAUUCUCAUAAUGCCUAGCGCACAGGAGGCUGUUAUAGGCUACUACCGCUUCACGGAUAUAUUCUUCGAGUGGCACAAGGCUCUACCAAACCAGGAGGAUAUAGGGCCGCUGAAGGCACUUCUGGCAUACCAGGCCCUCGUCCACCCCGAUCAUCCCCUGCGUAGUGAAGGGAGUGAUGGGCUAGAGUUUCACCUGGGCACGUUUGAGAGCGGAGAGAUGCGUCUCCUCGUCUCUUCGGCCCAAGUCGAGUACAUCAGGUACUGGCUGCACGCUAUGCAGCUCACCAAGGAGCCCAUACCGAUCCCGUCCUCGGACUAUCUCAUUCGGCACAGCGACUUGACUAACUGCUCGCCAUCCGUGUACAACGACGCGGCCGUGCUCAAGAAGGCGAUUAAGGUACGUGCCCGAGGGAGGGGUCGGAGGGCUCGUCGGGGCGCUCGCUUGACCAGCCCACAGACGAUUGAGAAGAACAACAAACGGAUCAAGGGCGCACCGUCACUUCUCACCAACCGCCGCAUCAACUUUGAGAAGAUCCGCACCAUCUGGGUUGCGAAGGUUGGGACGUGGCUUGCGAUUGACUUUGAGGCAUGGGAUCGCGAUCAUAGCAUGAUUACUGAGUAUGGCUGGAGCCUCGUUCGAUGGGAAGGCAAGGGCGAUGAGAAGCGCGAGGUAACUGAGGAUGGUCACUUGAUUGUGCGGGAGUACCGGGGCUUCCACCAAACCUACGUCGAAGAGAACCGCGAUCACUACAACUUCGGGCAGAGCGAGGAUGUCGACAAGCACACUUUCCGACAAAGGAUCCGCGACAUGCUUGCCAAGUACCGCGAGAUGGGUCCGCUGUUCCUCGUGUUCCACGAUAACAACCAGGACGUCAAGUAUCUUCGUGACGACUCUAUCAAAGCACUCACAGACUUCGAGUACCUACUCCCCGACCAAGCACCCGAGAGCGGAGUGUACGUGAUCGAUACCGGCGACCUGUUUGCUGCGCUCGAGGGUGAGGGCAGCGGGAACAAACGCUCUCUUGAGCGGGCCUGCAGACACCUGCAGAUCCCGACCGAGUUCCUCCAUAAUGCCGGGAACGACGCACACUAUACCUUGGCUGCGAUGAUCGCCAUGGCGUCGGGCGACACGCUGGACGUGCAGCGUGAAAAGCGGUGGCCAAACCGCACGUCAAGCAUCAACACGAAGGUCGAGUUCAUGCCCUGGGAGGAGGACUCUGAGGACGACCUCGAGUCGAUGAUGCCGGGCAACCGCGCCACGAUGCAGAUCAACGGGGAGCAGACGAUGCCGGACCCGGACGGCAACGCGGACCUGCCCGACGAGAAUGAGGACAUAUCGAAGGCGCUGCAGAACGGGGGCCUCAUCCCGGUCCGGGCGUGAAAGCGGGUGGGGCGGCGUGCGGCCCCCAUUUUGCUGUGGUUUCUGUUGACGUAGCGGUGUAAGAUCAUGAUGAGAGGUUAUGUGCAAGUGAUUGUAUCCUUGGGUUCCGGUAUACGUUUGGAGGGCUGUACGAUGAUAGGUGUUGGAGCUGUUGUAUCAAACUUCCCAGUGUUUACUAGUCUCACUCUCGUGACCGAAGUCGGCGAAUUGUCUCAACUUGUCCAGCGGGGUACCCGAGUAUGUCUUGUACCAUCAUCGUACAGCAAUCAUGUAGUCACAAGGAGUUGGGCCGGGAC